CUCCCCAAAAUAAACCUGACACUUGUAAACAAAAGUACUGGCUCGUGGUGGUGCAAUAUUUUCUCAAGUUCACGCGCUAUAUAAACGCUUGUUACUGACGCAAGAGUAUGCAAGAGAAGUGUGGCAGCCAUAGUAUAGAUUACAAUGGUUUUCACGAAAAUAUUGUCCGAGAAAACAAUUGCCGAACAGGGGCGGGCGCCCGGGCGCGGGCGGCACCAGAGAGACUUCGAAGUACCAGGCUGAAAGACAUUUCAAAAAAGAGAUAUAAUUCUAAAUAGUUAGCUGAGUUCAAGUUGAACCGAGAAACAAGUCGCAAAGAUAAAACUGCAAGAUUCAUUGUAAAAGAAGAUUUUCCUUUUUUGGAAGGACACCAUCCAUGAUGGCCACCGAGUCCGAGGGGCCAGGAACUGGGAUGAACCAGAAUGGCCGGAGCCUGGCCAAGGACUUCCACCGUCUGAUGAAGAACAUCGCCAGUAUGUCGGGCGGUCAGGCCCGCUUGGUCGGAUGGGACGAGGCAGAUCUCGGGAAUGACAUCAGAGUGUCUGUCAUCCCAGAUAGCGGGCUGUACAAGGGGGGAGAGUUCAUCUUCUCGAUUCAGUAUGGCAGCGAAUAUCCAGAUUGGCCUGAAGUGUACUGCAAGACUUUGGUGUAUCACCCUAAUAUCGAAAACGUGGAUCAAGGCGGGGCCAUAUGUCUCAACUUCCUCGACGAAGAAUAUCAGUGUGGGUCCAUGACCUUGGAGGGUGUGGUCCAAGGAAUCUUGUUUCUGAUGCACAACCCAAACCCGGAGGAUCCAUAUGAAUGGUUUUUUCCCCCUCACGGCACUCUCAUGGACGAGAGCACGUUUGCAGACAAUGUGAGAUGUUCCCUUGACGGUGGGAUGGUGAACGGUUAUCAGUUUAAGAGGAACAGGGUGGUGAGAGGGGAGGGCCAGGGUAGGACUAUCAAUAUAGAUGAGGACAUAUUUAAGGAGGAUGGGGUCAUUGUACAUGUCACAGACGGGGGUGGGGUGGGGGAUAAUGGGGAUGCCAAUGUCCUCAGAGAAGAGGGUAGGGCUAAGGAGGGUGGGGUUGCCUUUACAGAUAAGAGUGGGACUAUGAAGAGUGUUGUCAUGGAUAAGGGUGGGUUGUUGUCACAGAUGAUGGAGUGGCUAUGGAGCCUCUUGUCCUCUGGAAAGACCAUCCUGUUAAGGGUCCAGAGAGCACAAGAUUAUGCAAAGAUGCACCUUAGAGCCAGAUGA